AUGCCGGAGCGCUCCGGGCCCGGGGGUGCCCGUGCUGGCCGGGCCGGGGGGCGGGGGGCGCAUGGCGUCCUCCCGCCGCCUCCUGCUCAGCACCAUGAAGCAGAUCUGCCUUUGUGCCGCCGCCUCCUUCGCGAGCCAGGACUGGACCAAGAACGACGAGAAGCUGCUGCAGGCCGUGGACUACAACGAUGCCGGGCGGGUCACGUCGCUCCUGCUCCGCAAGGGCCUGGUGCCCACCAAGCUGGACUCGGAGGGCAAAUCCGCGUUCCACCUGGCCGCCACACGGGGCAACGUGGACUGCCUGGAAGCAAUGCUGGCCCACGGCGUGGAUGCCAUGACCAAGGACAGCUCGGGUUACACUGCCCUGCACUUGGCCUCCAAGCACGGGCACCCUCAGUGUGUCAGCAAACUGCUGCAGGCCUCCUGCCCCGUGGACGUGGCCGAUGGCAGUGGCCGGACCGCGCUGCACCUGGCGGCUGCCAGCGGCUGCAUCUCCUGCUCCGAGAUCCUCUGUGACUUCAAGGCUCCCUUGAACAGCAAGGACAAGGAGGGCUGCACGCCGCUGAUCCUGGCUGCCAAGAUGAGCCACUCGGAGCUUUGCCGGUACCUGCUGCACCGCGGGGCCGCCGUCAACUGCCGGGACCUGCAGGGCAGGACAGCGCUGAUGCUGGCCUGCGAGAGCGGCAGCGUGGACACCGUGGAGGUGCUGGUCAGCGCCGGUGCCCGCGUGGGCGUGGUGGACGCCACCGGCCACGAUGCUGCUCACUACGGGCUGGCCACGGGCAACGCCCUCAUCCAGCACCUGCUGCAGGAGGCGGCCCAGCGCCGCUCCUGGGCCAGCGAAGAGGAGUCAACUGAGCAGGCGUCGCAGACGUCUUCGCCCAGCCAGUCAUCUGUCAGGGAGAAGAGCAGCACCCCGAGGAAGAGGAAGGCCCCUCUGCCUCCCCUGGGCACCCCCAGCCAGGAGGACAGGGACGCCUACGAGGAGAUCGUGCGGCUGCGGCAGGAGAGGGCCCAGUUCCUGCAGAAGAUCCGGGGCUUGGAGCAGCAGGAGAAGCAGAGACGGGAGCGGGCAGAGCUGGAUGAGGCCUCCCUGCGCUCCAUGGAGAAACAGAUCCAGGAGCUGCAGGAGCGGCUGGUGGCACGGGACGGGGAGAAGGAGAAGCUGGGCAAGGAGGUGGAGGCUCUGCGGAGCCGCCUGUCCUCGAUGGAGAAUGAGAAGGAGAACACGAGCUACGACAUUGAGACGCUGCAAGACGAGGAGGGAGACCCGCUUGAGUUCCCAGGAGCGGAGAUGCUGCUCUCCAAGAAGACACUGAGCCCCUCGGCCGAGGAGCUGCUGGCCACGCUCCGGGGCCAGGUGCAGUCCCUGACCGUGCAGAACAAGGAGCUGAGAGAGAAAAUCCAGGUGCUGGAGAACUACGAGCGGGACGAGAGCAGCCCCCCCGCCCCGGGGGACACGGUGCCCGCCAGUCAGUACCAGGCUCUGCAGCGGGAGCUGGAGCGGCUGCGGGCGCAGGCCAGGGAGGGCACGGCGCGGGCCGGAGGGGACGGGCAGCGCGCGGCCUCGGAGCCCAGCCUGAGGGGAACCGUGGGGCCCCGUCCCGCCGAGGAGCCGGCCUGGGCCUGGGGCGAGUGCAAGGCGGCGCUGGGCGAGCUGGGGGUGCAGACAUCCUCCUCUUCCUCACCCUCCGGCCAGCCGGGCGCGGAGCUGGCGGAGGCGCGGGCGGCCCUGAAGCGGGCACAGACCGAGCUGGAGGAGCGGGAGCGGCGGCUGAAGGAGCUGCAGGCCCGGCUGGAGGCCGCGGAGGCCGCGGCCUCACCGGGAGCCUCUGCGGAGGAGGCGUCGCGGGAGAAGGAAGCGCUGCUGGAGCGCUGCGGGCGCGCCGAGGCCGAGGCGGAGGCGCUGCGGCGGGAGCUGCAGGCGAGGCCGCGGGAAGCGCCCAGAGCUGCGGAGCGGCAGCAGGCGGAGGCCGAGGCGCAGCUGGCAGAGCUCCGGGCCGCGCUGGCGCGCAGGGAGGCCGAGCUGGGCGCGCUGCGGGAGCGGCUGCGGAAGCACGAGGAGGAGGCCCCGGCGUGGCCGCAGCGGGCACGGCAGGCGCGGGCCCUGCGGGAGCGCCUGGCGCAGCUCGAGGCCGCGGCCAACGCCAAGGCCCGCGAGGCCGCCCGGCUGCAGGCGGAGCUGGCGGCGGCCGUGCCCAGGGCGCAGCACGAGGCGGCCGAGGCCGGGCUGCGGGCCGAGGCGGCGGCGCUGGCGCAGCGGCUGCAGGAGCUGGAGCGGCGGCACGAGAAGACGUGCGAGGAGGUGUUCCGCGUGCAGCGGCAGGCGCUGUUCAUGAAGAGCGAGCGGCAGGCGGCCGAGGACAGGCUGGGCGCCGCGCAGAAGCAGCUGGAGCAGGCCCAGGACGAGGCGCGGAGGCUGCGGGAGCUCCACGGCCACGCCGAGGACGCGGCACGGCUGGUCAGGGACAGGGACAGGAAGAUCACGGAGCUCUCCAAGGAGGUUUUCAGGCUGAAGGAAGCCCUGAACGCCCUCCCCGAGUCGGGGGGGCCCCCACAGUCCCCACCCGACACGGCCGCGCUGCAGGCACGGAUCCAGGAGCUGGAGGAGAAGCUGGAGGAGACGGAGACGAGGCACAGCAAGGUGGUGACGCUCUACCGGAGCCACCUGCUCUACGCUGUGCAGGGCCACAUGGACGAGGACGUGCAGAGACUCCUGUGCCAGAUCCUGAGCAUGCAGCGGCUGCAGGAGCAGGGCAGAUGAGCCCCUGCCAGCACGGGUGGCACAGGGACAGGGGGGACAGGUCGGUCACAGCACCCUGUGUGUCCCUUUGCUUGUCCGGGCACCCAGCCCACCCCCAGCACAGCAGCA